AUGCUAGACAUUAAAGUGCCAACUUCUAGGCCAAUCCUGAUCUUCAGGAAUCCAUCUGGGCCCUUCAUCAGCCAAGAUGCAUUCCUGUAUAUACGGAUGGUGCUAGGAGUUGGCAUGAAUAAGCACUGUUUGAAAAUGCAGACAGAUCUCGGUGCACACUUCCACAGCAAAGUUGCACGCCUGUUGACGGAAGAGCUCUUGAACCCCAAGUGCUUCACACAGCAGCUGGAAGAUCUGGCCUGUUUCUGGGAAACAUCAGAUCUUCUGAAGGAAUCAAAGAACCAGAGCAUGUACAGUUUUUGCUACAAGUUUGAGGAAGACACCGUCCUGAAGUCCUGUAAUUUGACUGUGGAGAACACAUCCAGGAAUACAACACUCUACACCUGCUUCUUUCAAAGGCAGGAUAUCUCAGCUUUCAGCCCCCUGGAGAUCAAAGUCUUUGAGGGGCUGUCCUCUAACAAUACCCUCUACGCCAGAACAAUAUAUGUGGAAAAACUUGUGUUCCUGGACCCUCCCUCUAACCUGACAGUGCAGCUUAUGGAGUCCUCUGGGCAGCUGAAUGUGAGCUGGCAAUCUCCCCCCAUUGCAUAUAUGGAAAGCAGUAUCCGCUAUGAAGUGUCGUCCCCUGAGGGCUACAGACCCCAACGCGUGGAAAGUACCAGUGGGCAGACAUAUUACCUCCUGAAUCUCAAAGGGGGCACUGACUACACUCUGGCUGUUCGGGCCAAGCCGAAUGGAGUCAGCUAUGAUGGCUAUUGGAGUGAAUGGUCACAGGAAGUAUCAGUGGCAAUACCACACGAUCUGGACCCACUCAUUCUGAUUCUCUCUGCCAUUUUAAUUGUGAUUAUCUUGCUUUUGGCUUUCAUCACCCUGAUGUCGAACCGCAGAUUUUUGAAAAAGAAGAUCUGGCCUGUGAUACCCUCCCCGGAGCAUGAAUUCAAAGACCUUUUCACCAUCUACAAAGGCAACUUCCAGUUGUGGUUGGGCCAUCAGAACACUUACCCGUGGUGGAGCCAGAAUACCCACUAUCUGGAGGAGCAGCCAUUUUUGGUGGAACUAUUAUCCGAAUGUGAUGGCCACAAAGUGGACAGCCCUCCCUGUCCUCCUCCCCUUCCCCCCAAGAGCUGCUCUGUAGUGGAGCUGCCUUAUUCUCCAGAAUUGUCUCUGGAUGAUUACCUAGUACUGGAUAAAAAUGUGAUGCCAUGCUGCUUAGGAGGAAACGGCUCCCCGUUUUUGCUGGGUAGGCACAGCAGCAGCGAGGAUUCAGACCUGGUGCUGGCAGAAGAAGCAAGAAUUACGGAGCCCAGCCAAGCUUCUUCUAGCUUCGACUACACCGUGUUUGAUCCCAGCUCCGAAAGUCUCUCUCCAAAAGGUCACCAGGCAGAGCCUCGGUUCAAAAGCAGCUACCAGAUGGUCUCCGACUCGGGGAUCUCUGCCGACUUCAGCCUGGCAGAUUCUACUGCUGGCCCCAUCAGUCUCUACACCAACCUCUGUGAUAGGGCACCACCACCACCACCUUUUCUGCCUACCUACAUUGCAUGUUCAUAGCUCCAACAAGCAUGGAAAGCG